CGAUAUUCUAUUAAAACGUUUGGACCAUUCAAAAUGUACUCCGUUUACAAAUAUAAAUUUCUAUCGCAUUGAAAUUACUCUUGUAUUUGCCAAUUGAAACCGAAGCUUGCAUAGAAAUUAAUCAUGGAACGAGCACAAUGUGACGUUCACUACCAGUUAAUAAUAUAUCAAGCUGAUCCGUCAGCACUCUUAUGAUUAAUUAAGUUGACACACAUAUCGAAUGACAGUGGAUCUUAGCAAUUAGAAGGCGGAGUAAACGGCUGCCAUGCAUCAAUUAGAAUCUCUAUUAGUACAUUCCUUUGUUGCAAAAAGUAACCUGAUUAAUUUAAUAUUCAAACUGUUCAAGUAAGUGACAAUGAAUGUCACGUCAUCAUCAAACGUACGAACUUCUGAGAGCAAAGUCUCGAAGUAAAUUUGCCUUUAAAAUGUUAAAUAUGGAUACAGCGGUGUACAAUGGGAUCUUCGUGAUACCCACGUGACAGCGUCAUUAACGAACGUUUGCGUCUCUCGUAGCUAAAAAUGUAUGCCAGUUCACCUUCUGAUUGCGGCAGCAAUCAAAGAUCAGUUUACUAAUGUGUCACGCUGGAAUAAAUUUUCUGAAUCACUAGAAACUUCUGCAAAGCCACAGCUUUGAAACGUCAGAUUAUCCCAGAUCGCGCGUAUUCCAAGAGAGCUGGAACUAUCCACUCUGAAACGCAAUCAGCUUAACUCCGAAACGCAAUAAAUCCCUUUGACGCAUCGUGUGCUUGUUGUUCCCGUUAUUGAAUCGCCAAAAGCGCACGAUUAAGACCCCGGCCGAUCGAUUCCCUUUUUCGUUAGUAGAAUGAAAGGGUUGACGUAAAAGCGUAACCCUUCGGGCCAUCCUUCGCCUAUCUAAAAAAUAAAAUAACGAAGACAACAUUUCCCGUGUUUCUCUCUUCCCUCUACUCGACGUUAAUGGGUUUCGACGAUGGCGGACAGAACUUGGAUAAAUCGAGUCGUUCGUGGGGACCGAUUGAACGGUUCAACUCGAUGUUUGACAUUUUCUCGCUGGCAACAAUUAACAACUAUAUAUCGUCACGGUUUGUUUGAGAAUGCACAUACACAUCGCAGACGCGCGACGUGAGAUAAGCCACGACAAAUCUUUGUGAAUAUUUAUACGGUCGAAAAUAUCACUCCGCUACCAAGAAAAUAAAGAAUGUGAAGAAGAUAAGAAAACAAAGGAGGCACUAGGAUGCGUCUUCUUUUCGUGCAUGAACCAUGAAAUCGCAUCACCAUGUAAGAACGUCGAACGACCGCCUGUUGCUUGUUACCAGUCAGUGAAAGAAGACGCGUGUCACAAAGACUCACAGAUCUUUAGUCAUCAUUUCUCGACGUGGUGGUAUUUAGUGUACCAGCUUACAAUUAACGACAGUCGGAUUAAAGCCAAUCGGACGCGAGGACGGUGGUCCAUCCUGCGGCUCGAAGCUGAUUGUGAAGUCACGGAUAUAUUAAAUCUAGACUGAUUGGACUGCAUCGAUAAGACGCAGCUGACUGGGUUCGACGCGGUUCCGUUUUCAGAAGUUACCAGUGUUUGACUUGCGAGUCACGGGCGACGGAAGUACUGAGAGAAUAGCUGCUGAAGUCGACUGAUACGGUUGGCAAUUAAUCACUUGAUAGUGAGCUUCGUGUAUGCUGUAAAGCAGAUAUGAGAAUAGAAGCCGAAAGGAAAAAUCCCACAAGAUAAUGAAAAAUAAACAAAUUAUUUCGGACUGUGGUUGAAGUGAAAUAUUCCGUGCAAUCGUGGUGAGCACACACAGAUAAUCCUUCCAUCGGUAAUAUUUCUUCAGAAUAAGCUUCAGAAUUUUAUAUUUAUAAAAUAAAUUCACAGACUGCUCUUGUGGAAAAUAGUGAAGUAAUAUUAUUGCCGCGUUUCUACUUGCAAACAUAUAAACUAAUUUGAAUGAGAAAAAUAGGAAAAAGAGACAUUCUAUAAUUAAAUAUUCACAUAAGCCGUACUUUGAGCUACGAGCGUUUGGAAACUCAGUGAGCACCAGCCAAGAGGGAGUAAUACCGCCGAUCACAUUCUACCGGGUGUGUUCCGACCGAAUUAUUUCCAACUGAAAGUAUCGAAUGAUCUGAAACUAAGAGUAUUUGAUAAAGCUCGAGAGGAAACUACUUGUUGGAUUCGUGUCGAAGGCUGAAGCUUCGGAAUCGCCAGAAGAAAUAGGACAGCCGUUCCAUUCUCGUCUCACAUGGCUACAACCACGGAUAUCGGCUCGGAAUCAAAGGUGGAGAUCGUGACACAAGUCUCGCCUUCCCAAGACAAACAUCACGAGGAACAAACGGUGAAGCGGACACAAUGGAGGCAAUGGCUAGCGUGCAUAUCAGCUACUCUAUCCAUGGUGGCGGUCGGCACUGUCUACGGAUGGACCACCACGUCGCUCUCGCGGCUCACAUCCGGCGCCGGCGACGUCCCAAUAAAGAUAACCGAUGACGAGGGCUCGUGGAUCGUGUCAUUGACGGUGAUCGGUUCGAUGAUCGGUCCGUUCCUCGGUGCCAGUUUCGCCGAUCGAUACGGUCGUAAAAGGUGUCUUCUGUUCGCCAGUGGUUUCUUCAUCGUCGGCUGGGCAAUCGUUUUCUUUGCCCAAACCGUCGUUGCCCUCUACGUCUCUAGGAUAAUCCUUGGUAUCGGCGUGGGCAUCUCGUACACUACCAAUCCGAUGUACGUAUCGGAGGUCGCUGACGUCGAAAUCAGAGGUGCUCUCGGCACGCUGAUCGCCGUGAACGUGUUCACCGGUUCCUUGCUAACAUGCAGUAUCGGUCCGUGGGUAUCGUAUCAAGUUCUGACAACCGUACUCCUCGCAGUACCUAUCAUCUUCAUCGCGUGUUUCUCCUGGUUUCCCGAGACUCCUGCCUUCCUCGUGACCAGGGGCCGCAGAGCGGAGGCCACCAGGUCUCUGGCGUUCUUCAAAGGGAUUCGCGAUCGCGACGAGGCAAGAAGAGAAUUGGAACACACCUUACGUAACGUUUUUAUCGAGGAUGUUUGCGAUAACACUCCAAUGACCGGACCUGGAGCACGAAAGGAACCGGUUAAGCGCAGCUGGAUGGCUAAGUUGAAGCUUAUGCUGUUGCCCAGCAACGCCCGUGCUCUCGGCAUCAUACUUAGUCUAAUUGCGACGCAGCAACUUAGUGGAAACUUUAGCACUAUACAGUAUCUUGAAGUACUCUUCAAGAAAGCAGCAAUUGGCAUCGACUCCAACGUUGCUACGAUACUCGUGCUCGCGGUCGCCCUCGUCUCGUGUGGAUUAUCAACCGCGACCGUCGAGGGCGUGGGCAGACGCCCGCUACUGAUCAUCUCUACGCUAGGCUCCUCCAUUACCUUGGCAAUUCUUGCGAUAUAUCUUAUGCUGGAUGCGAGGGGUGUCGACGUAUCAGCAGCAAAUCUUCUCCCGGUGAUCGAUGUGAUCGUCUUCCAGGUAGUUUUCCAAAUCGGAUUAGGUACUCUACCAAACGCGUUGAUGGGCGAACUGUUUCCCACUGAGGUGAAGGCGUUUGCCGGUGCCAUCAUCAUUGUCUUCGACGGCGUGCUUGGCUUCGCCGUAUCCAAACUGUAUCAGGUGAUCGGCGAUUGGUUGGGCGCCGACACCGUUUAUUACUUCUUCGCAGCGUCAUGCUUCUUGGCAUUCAUAAUGGUGAUAUUCACCGUACCGGAGACCAAAGGUCGAACGUUCCGCGAAAUCCAAGAACUUUUAAAAGGUGGUGAAAAGAAGACAGAUAUCGCCGAAUGGUCGCAGGAGCAAAAUAACACGGCGUGACAAAAAAGAACGUGUCGCAUCUUUCGCUGGAUUCGGUGCGAACUCACUUACGAGAUAACGUCAUCGGACAUUCUUUUCAAAGAGACGAACUCUAAAACGGCGAUUACUUACUCGCAACUGUAUAUCAAAUGUACGCUUGCACGUUUUUCAGGCAAUGAAGAUCGUGGUUCAAAAGCAAAAUUGCCUUUACUCCGUGGUUUGCGUUCAUUACGAUUUUUCUCACAUCUUCCAACGGAAAAGAAAGUGGUAUUUAUUAUAUCGUUCUUGCUGAAUAAAUUCAUCCCGAUAGUUUCAUUCGCGUUCCAUCAAUCGUAAGUAUUUUUUGCCAGUAUUUUUAAGAUUACGAUCGUCGUGAAAAUCAACAUUUAUUUAUUAAAACCUCCGCUAUAAGGAACACUGUCUUUAUACACAGAGCUUUCCUCGUUUCGUUUUUUCUUUCUCGCGCCGGAUGUUAGGCGGAUCGGAUAUUUAACGGGACGUCAGACUUCAGAGUUUCUCGCGCAUACAAGAUAAAAUAUUUAAGUAAGGAAAACUGUGUGAGAGAGAAAUGGAAAAUAAAAAGAAGUGGCAAGUAAAAAUUUUUAGUAAACACGCCACAUUUCUUAUACAAGGAGCAUAAAAAUCAUAGGCGACGGUUAAACAUUUGAGAUAAAGAGAAAGGGAAAAUGGCGCUUGAAAAAUCACGAGAACGUUCCGCGUGCAGUAAAGAGCAAAAAGAAAAUGUAAUGGGGAACCCUCCAGACUUCCGGUAAUGUCGAGAAAGGCGACUUUAAUGUUUUUUUCAUAACUGUUGACUACAUUUUCACAUAUGUAUUUUAUAUGUUAUUUUAUAUUUUUCUGUUAUACGUCAUUCGUUAUAAAUGUAACUCUCGCGAUAUUCGUUCGAGCAAUGCUAUCAGUAAAGUAAUAGUAUUUGCGGCGUUAUAAUAAGAAAUGAUAAAAAAUAUAAAAUUGUGUUACAUGAUAUAAUUGUAUAAUUAUAUUAUAUGCAAUAUAUAAAAUAAAAAACAUACAUUUGCGUUGCGUUUACGAACGAUUGCGACCAUUCGUAAACAUGAUGCAAUCUUCGCGAUGCUUUUUACCAGACAAGUUUAGUCAAAACCGUAAAAAUUUCAAUUUAAGGAAUAUCCAAUGUGUGAGAAAUUUGCGCACGACUCGGUCUCUCUUGCGCGACAGCAGAAAAUAAAAUGCAAAAAACAGUGUUUUUUAUCGAUCAAGAGCGUAUUGUAAAAUCUAAAGCAAAGAAUUGGCAGUUAUCAGAUUUCAAUUGUGUUUUCUGCGUAAACAAAAAUAUCAAAAACAUACGUGCGCACCAUCUUUUUUAAGUAAAAUUCAAAAUGAAUAUUUCGUUGCAAACAUAGCUAGAAUACUGGUCGCAAUAAAUACAGAGAUUCUUUGAACCGAUUUUAUAUAUAAAAUUGACUUCUUACAUAUAUAAAACAAAAUUACAAAGCCGAUUGAAAAGGAAAUUAGCACAAGAUUAAAGCACGAGAAGAGUGCUUCACUGCGCCAAAGAGAAAUAUGUAACAAAGUCAAUAAACGAAUGGUGAUAUUUUUAAAGAACAAGAAAG